CUCUUUUUCCAUUAACAUAUUCUUCAGAUCGUGUGUGAUCUAUCUGGAGCCAACACAGUGCUAUGAAGAACUAGGAGCUUUAAUCUGGAUGGUUAACUUGUCUCCUAAGGAAGUGAUUUAGUAUUUCAGUCCUCUACAAUGGUUAAUUCAUGCAGAAAACUAAUAUUUAAUAUUUUCAUAGGAUUUUACUACUCAGCAAUCAGCCUGCCCCAAAUAUGCAUUUGUUUUCAGUUCUCAACACCAUCUAUGGAUCAGUUAAAUCAGAACCCUGGGACUUUCCCUGUAGCCACCAAUGGGGAUCCAUUUCCUUGGAGGGAGCUAAGACUCCCCAACACAGUCUUUCCCCUCCACUAUGACCUGGUUGUCCACCCAAAUCUCACUUCCUUGAACUUUGUUGCAUCCGAGAAGAUUGAAGUUGUGGUGAGAGAAGCCACCCAAUUUAUCAUCUUGCACAGCAAAGACCUUGAAAUCCUAAGUGCGACCCUUCAUUCUAAAGAAGAUUUUCGGUAUAUGGCACCAGGAAAAAAGCUCACUGUUUUGAGUUAUCCUGCUCACCACCAAAUUGCACUGCUGGUUCCAGAAAAACUCACUGCUGAUUUGAGAUACUAUGUGACUAUUGAUUUCCAGGCCAAAUUAGCUGAUGGCUUUGAAGGAUUUUACAAAAGCACUUAUAGAACUCUUGGUGGUGAAACAAGGAUAGUAGCAGUAACAGAUUUUGAGCCAACUGAGGCUCGAAUGGCUUUCCCUUGCUUCGAUGAACCGUUGUUCAAGGCUAACUUUUCAAUCAAGAUAAGAAGAGAGAGCAGACACAUUGCAUUAUCCAAUAUGCCAAAGGUUAAGACAAUUGCACUCGAAGGAGGCCUCUUGGAAGAUCAUUUUGAAACUACUGUGAAAAUGAGUACAUACCUCGUAGCCUUCAUAGUUUGUGAUUUUACCUCUGUGAGUGGCACAUCCUCAUCGGGAGUCAAGGUGUCCAUCUAUGCAGCCCCGGACAAACGGGAUCAGACUCAUUAUGCUUUGGAAACAUCACUAAAGUUACUUGAUUUUUAUGAAAAUUACUUUGAUAUUAAUUAUCCACUCCCCAAAUUGGAUCUAGUUGCCAUUCCUGACUUUGGAUCUGGAGCCAUGGAAAAUUGGGGCCUCAUCACAUACAGAGAGACAUCAUUACUCUUUGAUCCCCAAACUUCUUCUGCUUUAGAUAAAUUGUGGGUCACCAAAGUCAUAGCCCAUGAGCUGGCACACCAGUGGUUUGGCAAUCUUGUUACAAUGGAAUGGUGGAAUGAUAUUUGGCUCAAUGAAGGUUUUGCAACAUACAUGGAACUUAUCUCUAUUAAUGCCACAUAUCCAGAACUACAAUUUGAUGACUAUUUUCUGAAUGUAUGUUUUGAAGUAAUUAAAAGAGAUUCAUUGAAUUCAACCCGUCCUAUCUCCAACCAAGCAGAAACUCCCACUCAAAUACAGGAAAUGUUUGAUGCGGUUUCCUAUAACAAGGGAGCGUGUAUUUUGAAUAUGCUCAAGGAUUUUCUGAGUGAGGAGAAGUUCCAGAAAGGAAUUAUUCACUAUUUAAAGAAGUUUAAGUAUAGAAAUGCUAAGAAUAAUCAUUUGUGGAGCAGUUUGUCGAAUAGUUGUUCAGAAGGUGAUUUUGUAUCUGGUGGAUUUUGUUAUUCUGAUUCCAAGAUGGCAGGCAGCACACCCACUCUUUUGGGGGAAAAUGUGGAAGUCAAAGAGAUGAUGACUAAUUGGAUUCUGCAGAAAGGAAUCCCCCUUGUCGUGGUUAAACAAGAAGGCCAUUUGCUCAGGUUGCAACAGGAACGCUUUCUGACAGGGAUUUCCCAGGAAGAUCCUGAAUGGAAAGUUCUGCAGGAAAGGUACCUUUGGCAUAUCCCACUAACCUAUUCUGUGAGUUCUUCUGACCUGAUUCACAGACACAUUCUAAAAUCAAAAACAGAUACCCUGCAUUUACCUGAAAACUUCAGUUGGGUGAAGUUCAACGUGAACUCAAAUGGCUACUAUAUUGUUCACUAUGAGGGGUGUGGAUGGGACCAGUUCAUUACCCAACUGAAUCAGAACCACACACUUCUGAGACCUAAAGAGAGGAUUGGUUUGAUUCAUGACGCAUUUCAGCUAGUAAGUGCGGGAAGGUUGACCUUAGACAAAGCUCUUGACCUGACUCGAUACCUCCAUCAUGAAACAAGCAUCCCUGCACUUCUCAAAGGUCUGCACUACUUAAAAUCCUUUUACCACAUGAUGGACAGAAGAAAUAUUUCAGAUGUCACUGAAAACCUCAAGCGUUACCUUCUCCAGUAUUUUAAGCCAGUGAUUGACACCCAAAGCUGGACAGAUGAUGGCUCGGUUUGGGACAGGACACUUCGCUCCACUAUUUUGAUGCUGGCCUGUGACCUGAGUCAUGCUCCUUGCAUCCAGAAGGCAACUGAACUCUUCUCUCAGUGGAUAGAAUCUGGUGGAAAAAUUAAUCUUCCAACAGACGUUUUAGAGACUGUAUAUUCAGUGGGUGCUAAGACAACAGCAGGAUGGAAUUAUCUUUUAGAGCAAUAUGAACUGUCAAGGUCAGGUGCUGAAAAAGACAAAAUUCUAUAUGCAUUGUCAAAAAGCAAACUACGGGAAAAGUUAAGGAAAUUAAUUGAACUAGGCAUGGAUGGAAAAGUUAUCAAGACACAAGAACUGCCAACUCUUCUUUACAUGAUUGCCAGAAAUCCAGAGGGACAACAAUUAGCCUGGAAUUUUGUGAGAGAAAAUUGGACUCAGCUUCUUAAAAAAUUUGAGUUGGGCUCUUUUGCCAUGAGAACAAUUAUCUCUGGUACAACGUCUCAGUUUUCUUCAGAAGAUGAGCUGCAAGAGGUGAAAUUGUUUUUUGAAUCUCGCAAGGCCCAAGGAUCACAUCUGGAUAUUUUUCAAACUGUUCUUGAAACCAUAUCCAAAAAUAUUAAGUGGCUGGAAAAGAAUCUUCCCACUCUGAGAACUUGGCUACUAGUUAGCAUUUAGGUGUUCAGCAGCAGGGCACAUCAGCCAUGGGUUAUGUUUACAAGAAGUGAGCCAAGUUCAAGUCAGAGUUCUGGAUAUUUUAUCUAACUACUGAGAAGUCUUAAGGAAUUAGCCAACCCAGCUUCCUGCUUUUAGUGAAAGUCUCCUCAGGUGUACAUAUGUGAUGUUGUGGGAAGGUCAGUUCAGAAUUCUGUUUAAAACUAAUGGGGGAGCAGGAUCUGAGAGAGCUUACUAGAUGGGGCCUUGGCAUGUGUUUGAACCCCAGCACUGCAUGGAAGCUCUGGUACUACAGUGCCCUCCUCUCCCUCUCCCUGUAUCUCUACCUGAACUCUGCCCCCUCCCAAAAAAUCAUCCUGGGAGCAAUGAAGUCACACAUGAUUGAGUUCCCUUCUUUGUAAGAUAGAUACAUAGAUAGAUAGAUAGAUAAUAGAUGAUAGAUAGAUGAUAGAUAAUAGAUUAUAAAUAGAUGAUGGAUAGAUAGAUGAUAGGUAAUAGAUGAUGGAUGAUAGAUAAUAGAUUAUAAAUAGAUGAUGGAUAGAUAGAUGAUAGGUAAUAGACGAUGGAUGAUAGAUAAUAGAUGAUAAGUAGAGGAUAAAAAGAUAGAUAGGUAGAUAGAUAGAUAGAUAGAUAGAUAGAUAGAUAGAUAGAUAGGACUAAUAAAGGUCUGGAGAGAUAGCUUACUUAGUAAGAAGGUGCCUGCCUUCCCAUAUAUGUGAUGUGGCUUAGAGUUCCAGUGCCAUACGACAGUGCUAUGCGCUGGGGGCAGCUUUUCCUUUCUCCCUGCCCCAGUCUUUCUCUUUUUGAGUGUUAAAGUGGUCUCUCUUUGAUUGUAAAAGCUGUCCCAGCUUAUUUAAAAAAAAAACCCAGCAAAAAUAAAAUUACAAAUGGAGGGAGCUGGGCAGUAGUGCAGCAGGUUAAGUGCAGGUGGCGCAAAGUGCAAAGACUGGCUUAAGGAUCCCGGUUCAAGCCCUCAGCUCCCCAGCUGCAGGGGAGUCGCUUCACAAGUGAAGCAGGUCUGCAGGUGUCUAUCUUUCUCUCCCCCUCUCUGUCUUCCCCUCCUCUCUCUAUUUCUCUCUGUCCUAUUCUGUUGGAGAAUAAGGUUCAUUGUCCCGGGAACUCCAGGCCAUUGUCUCCGUGAGGUUCAAGUGGGUUGACCCCCAACUCUCUCUUUAGGUCUAGAGAAGGGCAGAUUCCCCUGACCUCUUGAACUAAUGAUGGAUGGCUUCUCCCGAAAGGGGACUACCUGCACAUGUCUCUCCUCUCCGAUGGCUUCUCCCGAAAGGGGACUACCUGCACAUGUCUCUCCUCUCCCCUUAAAACAAAGGUCAUGAAUUACUAUGCAUUGUGUUUGGCCUAACUUGAAAGCCACCACAUACGUUUUUGCUCAACUGCCCCUCCUCCUCCCCCUUCCUCUGAAGUGCCUGUAAUUUACCCCUGGGGAAAUAUGCAUUGUGAAGCUUGUGAUCAAACCUUGUAUGGUAAUUCUUCAUUUGUGAUCAAAUAGUUUAUAGGUCAACAUGCGGCUAUGCAUUGUGCUGCUCUGUGCUUGGGUUAAUGAUUACCUUGACCUUCUACCUGGGCAAUGGGUAUAUGUACUUGCUUUCUCUCUCAAAUAAACGAAUUGCCCUCUGAGACUUU